AUGGGCGCGCCCGAAGCACAUUCCACCUACGUUCAUCCAUUAACUGGAUUAUCCGACUCCACCGGUCCUCCUCGGCUUUUCGCAUUCGCUGGUGAAAAUCAGCCGCAAAUCCCCUAUACCGAGACAUACCCCCUGCAUGCGCAAUCAUCUGAGGUCCCUGUCUCACCUGACACAAGUUCAGGUGUUAAUCCCUCGACGACAACUCCUACAACGACAUCCCGGAAGAAGCCAGAGAAGCCGCCAACACAUGUCAAAAAACCCCUUAACGCCUUUAUGCUUUUCAUGAAGGAAAUGCGCUCCAAAGUUGUUGCUGAGUGCACCAUGAAGGAAUCUGCUGCAAUAAACCAAAUUCUGGGUCGAAAAUGGCAUGCCUUGCCGCGGGAGGAACAGGCCAAGUUCUACGAGAUGGCAAGAAAAGAGAAGGAGCUUCACCAGCGUAUGUAUCCUGGGUGGUCUGCGCGCGACAACUACGCUUACCAUGCAAAACGACGGAAAAAUAGAUGUCGUUAUCGAAAUUAUACCCGCGCGGAUGCCUUUGCCGAUCAGCAAAAACAAAUGAAAGAAGCUUCCCCAACAUCUAGCAAUCAAGACAGCCUUUUCAAUGCAAAAUCUGUCGAUGAAUCCGAUACCGCGCUAGUCGACAUAAACGAAAUGCUGGGGAACCAUCCAUUUUGUAGGAGUUCCUUCACGGUUGGGCAGAUGACUUACGCUGAGGGUUCAUCUGGAGGUCCCUUAUCCACCUCGUUGGACGGAGGCAUGAGUUAUUUCGGCUUAAUUGAGCGGCAUGGUCAGCGUCAACAGCAAUCCCAGCAAUCUCUACUACACAUCAGACAAGUUGAUUCUAAGUGUAAUUCGUGGAUCGACCUGGUGAGUCCGGGCUCCGUUUCCAUUCACACUGCGACGACAAAUUCAGAAGCCAUAGUUCCGAUCCUAGGCAAAGUUGCCACGGUGAUGUCAGUUCACUGA